AUGUCCUAUUAUGGGACGGGAAACGCUUCCUCAGGCCUCUUUCUACCACCUCACCAAGGACAGCCCAGCAGCACAGAGACCAAAAUGGCAACCAGCCGCCAGCCAAGCCUCUGCUCAGGGAUGGCAAGGGAGGCCUCUGCUUCAGCCAGGAUCUCCUCCACCAUCAGCCACUUGCGAAGGAAACUGCAAGCCAAGCAGGCAGCUCCGCUCCUGCUCCAAGCCCUCCAGCUGCCCCCGGAGCCAGACUUCGACCAGCCUUGCAGUGGAGGUUCACCAAGAGGUCCCGCUGGGAAGGAGACAGUGGUCUCAUGGGAGGCGUUGCACCAAGGCCUGUGUGCCAGGCCCCCCCUUCAGAACCCAGCCCAGGAAUCCCACCCCACGGAACAGGCAGGGGACCGGUGGCUGUGCCUGCCCUCUGCCCCACAGCAGUCCCUUAGCCAGCAGCCAAAGGACAGUGCUAGCUCUGGUGGAGACUUUGCCCCAACCAAGUGGGGCCUCUUGCCUAGUGGGGUCUUGCUGAUGUCAGCCAUGCUUAGCAAAGACAGAAGGCCCCAUCUGGUCUGGCCCCCCAACAUCUGCAUCCUGAGCCUGGCCAUGAUGAUUGCGGGCAUCCCUACCAUCCCAGUGCCCGGUGUUCGCGAGGAAGACAUGAUCCAGGCUGCCCAGUGCUUUAUGGCAGAGAACCUGGAGCCUGGAGAAGGUCUGGGGGAAAUAGCCCAGAGGCAGCGAUGGGCUGCAAUCCAACGCCUGAGACCAUCUGGUAAGAGAGACAAGCAGCGCAAAAGGACAGCCCACCGAAGCCUCCUGCCCCUGUUCCAGCUGGAGAAGUAGGAGCUGCUGGAGGACAGCAGCAAGAGGCAAUUCAUUUUGUAGUGAGAAGCCCACAUAAAGGGUUUGCAAACAUACGACAU